AGAUUUCUGGUGUGACUUUUCUUACCAACAAGAAUGGGAACUCUCACAAUUAGCAAAGCCAAUCUUAGCGAAAUGUCACUGUUUUGUUCUGGGUCAGUGCAGAGGAAUUCCACAUGAUGUCAAUUCGUUUGAUUUGCCAAUUCGUUUGAAAUGAUUUAUACCGAUUACUGUUCUGGGUCUGCUCGUCCUUGUAUUGUUUCAUAAAGUCAAGCCGAAAGCGGCGGCUGUAGAGAGAGUAAAGUGACCCGAAUGUUUUUUUUCCAGAAAUGUCCUUUUAUUUUUGAGAGGUGAUUUUUUUUCAAGUGACCCGCUGUUGCCUUUUGAAAGGAAAUUUGGGACCACUGACGAGAUCAUCCUAAUGGCCUGGAAGGAGAGAGCAUUACUUCAGAAAGCAGUAAAAAGCUGGCGAGAUUAACGCCAGAAAACAUUUUUUAUCUUGCCGGACACACCAGCGGUCAGUGAUCUUCACCGGUUCGCUCGGAAUUAACAUCUGGGGAAAGACAAACAGAACACCCCGUCAGAAGGAGAACGGCGUGUGUACACCUGCAGCAUGCGAUAUUGACCGGGUCCUGCAGGUUCCUCUGGUCGGGCACUAACCAGGGGACGGCCGAUUCGCUUUGAUAUUUGCUGUUGGAGGAAUCUAGGAGGGGGGCAUGGAUUUAAAACGAGAGAACAAGCUCAGUAGUGGAUGGGGGCUGCUUUAAACUACAUCUGGCUCUACCAAGGCGGCGGGUUUUCGAUCAAGCCAGGAACCUUGGAUCAGAUCGACCCACCACAUAAAAUGUACCUCAUUAUGAGGCCGUCCCUUUGAUGUGGAGCUCUAUUUAAUAAGUUACCACUUCUACUCCCGUUCUUUUAUUUUACCUCGUUUGCCAGCGUUCCAGUGCUGAGAAAUGAGAAUUAUAAUAUUGUAAUGUUUCUACUUUUAUUGCGAGUUUAUUUCCUUUUGUCGUUUUUUUUUCAAGACUUGAGUUUUUUUGUUAAACUCGCUUACCCACAGUAAUAUUCAGAGUGACCAGGUUAUCCCGGUCGGUUGAAAACCCAUCUGUAUGUGUUGAGAAACUUGCACGUAACAUUUCUGACUGUCGUCACGUUUAUUGGUGGUUUUGCGAGGAAGCUCGGACAGUUCCUAUUUUAACUCCUUUCAGGCCACAGUUUCUGCAAAUUGGCCAGGUCUCCUGCAGCCCAAGGCCCUCCAGCGAGCACCAUGGGCAGUAAAACUAUUCCGGCGCCGGUACCUCUUCAUCCAUCGCUACAGUUGGCCAACUAUGCAUUUCUGCAAGCUUCCAACGGCAUUCCGACCCCUUCAGAACAGCUACACAACCUGUACGGCUUCAGCACCCUGCACACCGUCCAUCUCCACCAGUGGACGCUGGGUUACCCACCCAUGCCACUGCCCCGUUCUUCCUUUUCCAAAGUGCCUGCUGUUUCCGCUCUGGUGGACACGCGUUUCCAGCUGCCCGCCAUCCCCAUCUUCCCGCACGUUUUCCAGCCGAAACAGGAAUCCAGCAGCUUCCCCAACAAGACCAGGCCCAGGUUUGACUUCGCGAAUUUGGCGAUCGCGGCCACCCAGGAAGAUCAGCCCAGCCUGGGACAGAUAGACGGACAAUGUUCUCCCUCGACCAUUGGUUCCCUCCUGGAUGCCACAAAGUUAUCCCCGGAGAGGAAACCCACCAGGGGCAGGCUGCCGUCUAAGACCAAAAAAGAAUUUGUCUGUAAAUUCUGCGGGAGGCACUUUACCAAAUCCUACAAUCUUCUAAUACACGAAAGGACCCAUACCGAUGAACGGCCCUAUACGUGUGACAUUUGCCACAAGGCAUUUAGGAGACAGGAUCAUCUCCGUGACCACAGGUACAUUCACUCCAAAGAAAAACCCUUCAAAUGUCAAGAAUGCGGUAAAGGAUUUUGCCAGUCCAGAACGUUAGCUGUUCACAAAACACUGCAUGUGCAGGUGAAAGAACUGAAAACCUCUAAAAUAAAGUGCUAAGCAUAGUUAUCUACAAGCUGGUCUCAGAGAGGAACACUGAGGAAAUGCGGACAGACCUGUCAAAUUCAGAAACAGCAUAGAUUAUAUCCAAUCUGCUGCUGUUCUUUUCUGUUACUUUUAUUCCAAUACAGAUUAUCUGCGGCAUUCUGCUAUGGGAAGAACUGUUUCUAAACUCUGAGCAAAAGGAAAGCCAAAAUCGUUUUGUUUCGUUAGAUUCCCCCCUUGAAUCGAAGGCGCUUGAACUGUGUCGCCCACCUUGUGUGACCCGGCGUGAACUUGGGAUUUGGAAGGUGCUGAUUUGUCUUCUGUGUUUAACAGGAAUCUCCGCGUAAAUGCUUGGCGUGUGGCAAAGUGUUUAAUCAGAGAAGCAACUUGAAAACUCAUCUCCUCAGUCACACUGACAUAAAGCCUUACCACUGCCGUCGGUGUGCCCAGCUUUCCCGCCGGAAUUGUAAUCUGAGGUGCCACAGACUCACCCACAUUCUCAGAAACAGGCCUGGAUUGCCAAGGGCUGCAAAAUGUAGAGAGAGAGAGAGAGAGAGAGACGUUAGUGGAGUUGAUCAGGUCUGGUCGCUCCAGAGUUGUAGGAUGGAAUAGUGAUUUAAUUUCAGCUAGGAGCCAAAGAAAGCGACAACAUUGGAGACUUUGUGGAUGUUUGAAUGUAAAAGGAGCGCCUGACUGAGAGGAUUGAGGGCCAGUGUGUCAUUUGUUGUGCUUGGUUUAGAAAGCCAUGUUUAUUGUGACGGUAGGAUACAAAGCGGAGACCCAACACGUCAGCCCCUUCAAGUGAAAAUCUAAUACUGCCAAAAAUACACACAGCUGCAGCAACAGACCGUUGAAAACUGAGUUGGAAACAGCACUCCAAGCCUGCAGUGGUUGUGAACUGCGUUGUAUGAUAGACUGCAGUCAGCUAGACUCAGUGCUUAAACUCGUGCGGACUAGAAACAGGGCACACUUCGUUAGUAAACAAAACAGAAACAAAGGAACACGCAACAAAAGGACACUCUAAGCUACAUUCCAAUCGGCGGAAUUUUUUUCAAAAAAGACACAAAUUGUUCUUUGUAAAUGUUUUUUGGCACUUUACGCUGUUUUUUUUACUAUUUUCAUGUAUCACUGGAUUUCUAAUCUUUUGAAACGAA